GCGGUAAAACGUGCUCUUUUUUUGCCGUUCCGGCCGGUGGUGUUUCCGGUUGAUUAGUUCUGUCCUCGUUCUUGUUGAGUUUUGGGUGGUCCUUUGCGAUGGUGCGAUUCCUGCAUAUUCAGAACCGGCAGCGAGCCCCACUAACUAUUUGCGGGGAUUGUCCUGCUGUACAGGCUGAAGCAUCUCCAUAUUCUCUACUUGAUAUCUGCUUGAAUGCCUUAGUUGCCGAUUUAGAAAAAUUUUGUGUUGAAAGGCCAGAUGGAUCAUUAUGCUUGAAAGAAUCAGAAAGGCUUCCUCAAGAAGUGGCUGAUCAGUUACUGGAAACAAUGGCAUAUCGGGAGCUGUUGAAUGAUGGGACAGUGGGCAUUUUCCGAGGCAACCAAAUGCGUUUGAAGCAAGCUUGCAUUCGCAAAGCAAAGAUCUCUGCCCAGGCCUUCCAGCAGGCAUUCUGCCAUCACAAACUAAUAGAGCUUGAUGCUGCAGGGAUGAAUGAAGCUGUUACUGUUUCAGAUGUUGUGAGUGGGCUGGGUAGCAGUGUGUGGAUCCAGAGCAACCUUCAGUGCCUUGUCUUGGACUCAUUAACUCUGUCCCCUACAAAUCCUUAUGAAAGGUGCUUUAGCCAGCUCUCUGGUCUUCGCGCUUUGAGCAUUACCAAUGUGGCCUUCCGUGAUGAAGAUUUAGCAGAGGUUGCUUCCUUGCCAAGAUUAGAAAGCUUGGAUAUAUCCAGUACUUCUGUCACAGACAUAACUGCACUUGUUGCCUGCAAGGAUCGGCUUAAAUCCCUCGCUAUGCAUGGUUUGAAAUGUUUGAGUAUGUCAGCACCAAAGUUCUUGGAUGUCAUGAGAGAACUAAAGUAUCUAAAUCAUCUUGAUAUCUCAGAUGAACAGCAUUCCAGAUCAGACAUUCCCUUUCGUCUGCUAGGAGAGAAAGACAUCCUGCCCUACCUUGUAUCUUUGGACAUUUCUGGGAGUAAAUACAUUACUGAUGAAGCUGUAGAAGCAUUUGUUAGACAGCGACCUGCGAUGCGGUUUGUGGGGUUGCUGGGUACUGAAGCAGGAUAUACAGAGUUCCUUUCGGGAGAAGGAACCUUGAAGGUAUCAGGAGGAGAAAAUGAAAACCAGAUUUCAGAAGCUUUGAAACGUUACAGUGAAAGGGCAUGCUUUGUGAAAGAAGCCUUUUUCCACCUUUUUACUCAGACAUGUUUUAUGAGAAUUACAAAGCCUGAAAUCCUAAAGCUUGUGAUUAUUGGAAUGAGGAAUCAUCCUCUGGACUUGGCAGUACAAUUGACUGCUAGUGCCUGUGCCUUGAACUUAACUAGGCAAGGCCUAGCAGCAGGCAUGCCUGUCCGCCUGCUGUCCAGUGUAAUCCAGCUGCUUCUGAAGGCCAUGGAAACCUUUCCUGAACAGCAGCAGCUGCAGAAGAAUUGCCUUCUUUCUUUAUCUAGUGUCAGGAUUCUGCAAGAUGUUCCAUUUAACAGGUUUGCAGCUGCCAAAUUUGUUGUUCAGUGGCUGUGUAACCAGGAAAAUCAGCAUAUACAAAGAAUUGCAGUUAAUAUUAUCUCUAUCCUAGCACUAAAGCUUUCAGAUGAACAAGCAGCACAACUUACUGCAGAAUUCUACAUAGUUGUUGGGAAACUUCUUGAAAUAGUUGAACAGAAAACUAAUCAGAAUGAACUGGACACAACAUUCCAUUUUACUCUGAGUGCCCUUUGGAAUCUCACAGAUGAAGCCCCAACCACAUGUGGACACUUCAUUGACAACAAAGGAUUGGAGCUUUUUAUGAGAGUUUUACAGUCAUUUCCAGCGGACUCCUCUACGCAGCAUAAAGUGCUCGGCCUUCUGAACAAUGUAGCAGAAGUGAGAGAACUGCAUCCCAAGUUAAUGCAGAAGGACUUUGUGGAUCACAUCAGUGAAUUGUUGAACAGUACUGAAAUGGAAGUCUGUUACUUCUCAGCUGGGAUUAUUGCUAAUUUACUAUCCAGAGGCGAGCAAGCUUGGACAUUAAGUCAAACACAGAGAAGACUGCUUAUUGAGAAGCUGCACUCAGCCCUCUUAAAGUGGCCAACACCAGAAUGCAAGAUGGUAGCACUUCCAGCCUAUAGGUCACUCAAGCCGUUCUACCCGUUACUUGAUUGUUUUACAUUACCCAGUGUACAGAUCUGGGCAGCAUGGGCCAUCCUGCACAUUUGCUGCAAAACUCCUGCCAGAUAUUGUGCUAUGUUAAUAGAAGAGGAUGGGCUACAACAUUUAUAUAAUAUCAAAGAAAAUGACCAGAGUGACCCAGAUGUCCUGUAUUUAACAACUGAGAUACUAACUUACAUGGAUAAUCACAUGAUGUAUUAUGGGAAACCUAAACACCUAAAGGAGCUACAAGCCAAAUCAAAUGGAUAACUGUGGGUGGCUGGAACUGUCUCCUGUUACUUUCACAAGCUGUACUAGUGAUUUCUUACCCUCCAUGGGCAUCAGGAUGGCCCUUCCUGUAAGAUUACUGCUGUCUACAUUUCAGGAUACUUGUAUGGCAUGCACAGCCAGGAGUCUUCUACAAGUAGAUCUAAUUCACAACUUGCCUUCUGAAAGGGGAAAUGACGCACUGGUCCUUCAGUAUCUCUCCACUUGCAAGGCAUUCUAGAAAAAAAUUGCUUAGUAAUACAAGGCUUAAACAGAGGCUGAUGCUUGCAAGCCACUCAUCAUGUACCAUGACAAAAUUAGCUAUCAAGGACACUGAAAAUGGAGGCUUUAAAACCACUUGUUACCGUUCCUGCAAUUUCUGUCCCUGUAGCAGGUAUUGUCUUAUAUCGUAUGAACAGUGGAGUCAGUUUUGCUUUAUUAUUAAGGCCAGAAAAUUGGAAUGACUUAAUUAAUACAGGGAAAACUUAAACAUCAAAGGACAAGGAGAGUGAACUGAGAAUGAAAAUCUUAGAAAAGGCAGAAACUUGACUUGUUCAUGAUAUUUAGAUCAUUAGAUUAGGCUACAAUAGGUCCUUCUGCCAGUUGCAAAUUUUAUGAGCUGCUUGAACAUAGCUGUAAGAGGGGUGCAUGUCCUAAAAGGAAGAAUCUAGUCAACUGCGAAGUUUUUAUUGCCACAAUCCAUCAGAAAGCCCUGUAUGAACUUGUAUUACUUUGGGAAUGUACAUACACAUUAUUUUUAUACUAGGACAGAAUCUUUCAGAUUGUGUUCAUAUCUAAAAUAAACGUCUCAAUAUAGCAUCUA